CGAGCCUUCCCGGCCGGGACCCUCGCGCCGCCGCCCGGCCGUGAGGUACCGCCGGACCCGCCCCUCCCUCAUGCAGUCCGUGGCUUUGGUGGAAGAAGAAUCCAGUCUAUAUGUGCCGCCCUACUCUCGGGAAGAAUGACAGAUGACAAAGAUGUGCUUCGAGAUGUGUGGUUUGGGCGAAUACCGACAUGCUUCACGCUCUAUCAGGAUGAGAUAACUGAAAGAGAAGCAGAACCGUAUUAUUUGCUUUUACCAAGAGUGAGCUACCUUACGCUCGUAACUGACAAAGUGAAAAAGCACUUUCAGAAGGUUAUGAGACAAGAGGAUAUUAAUGAAAUAUGGUUUGAGUAUGAAGGCACCCCACUGAAAUGGCAUUAUCCCAUCGGUUUGCUCUUUGACCUACUUGCAUCAAAUACAGCCCUUCCUUGGAACAUCACCGUGCACUUUAAGAGCUUUCCUGAGAAGGACCUUCUGCACUGUCCAUCCAAGGAUGCUAUUGAAGCCCAUUUUAUGUCUUGUAUGAAGGAGGCCGAUGCUUUAAAGCACAAGAGUCAAGUCAUCAAUGAAAUGCAGAAGAAAGACCACAAGCAGCUCUGGAUGGGAUUACAGAAUGACAAAUUUGACCAGUUUUGGGCCAUUAACCGGAAGCUCAUGGAGUAUCCUGCAGAAGAUAAUGGAUUCCGGUACAUCCCAUUUAGAAUUUAUCAGGCAACAACUGAGCGGCCUUUCAUUCAGAAAUUAUUUCGUCCAGUUGCUGCGGACGGGCAGGUGCACACUCUCGGAGAUCUCCUCAAGGAAGUUUGUCCUUCUGCAAUCGUUCCUGAAGACUCUGAACAGAAGCAGCAAGUGAUGAUCCAUGGAAUUGAACCGAUGCUGGAGACCCCUCUGCAGUGGCUGAGCGAGCACCUGAGCUACCCUGAUAAUUUUCUCCACAUCAGUAUCGUUCCCCAGUCCACGGAUUGAAGGAUUCCCCUGAUGCCCCACCCACCCACUUAUCCCCCCACCCCCGCCUGCCCUGACCCUUCUGACUCCUUGAAGCCCCCAACCCUGGAAUCGACACAGAAUGUGUCAGCCUCUGACUUCAGGGGGGCUCCAGGGACAACGGCAGGCAGGGGCAGCCUGACCUGUCAAGUUUCCAGGCUGCAGCCACCAUACAGGAAGGAGGAGCCUUCUCCAGAUAAGGGCAGUUGGGCUGGUCUUUCUUCGCAGCACCUCUGUCCUCCUCCCUCCUCCUUCCAACUUUGCCUCCUCCUCCUCCAUCUCCUACUCCUCCUCCUCCCAUUCCUCCUCCCCUCCCUCCUUUCCACCCCUUCUGCCGUCAUUAAACCUCAGCUGCAACGUGAAAACCUUCAUGGGGCCACGGCGAGUCUUCUGUUUUUCUGUAAAAUAGCAGCUGAAACCGGCGGAGGGAGUGGAUAUGGAACAAGGGCCCCUCACUGUGGGUCUCUGAUUAGCAAAUAAACUGGGGUAUCCCCUAAUGGGACCGGGGUUGAACUUGAGGUCGAGGCAGUGGAAACAUCGGUUAAAUUUUCAAGAGAAUCAGGCGCAAGAAAGUAAAAGAGAGAUUCUGUUGUCAAAAAGUUGCAGUAAUUUUUUGUAAAAGAUCCAAUUACAGUAAGCCCGUCUCUCCUCGGUGAAAGUUUCCUAUGUUUACAGUGUGUCUAUUGGUAUGCAAACAUCUUUUAACUUUGAUACUGAGCAGUGAGAGAGAUUUUUCAAUAAAACAGUGAACCAUGUCUUGUCACUGUAGAACACGCACAGUUUUGUCACUCGCCAAUCUUUUCUGACUUGUUCGGAGCCCGUCACUGUUUCCACUGCUUGGGCUCGCAUUUGAGCUGGUGGUGGUGUUCAGGGUUCAGGCCUCAGGAGUAGACAGACCUGUCCUGGGAACUGCCGUAGCUAAUCUUGCUGUCGCGUCCGAGGCCUUUCUGUUAAUAUCUUUUCUUUCCCCAGUAGGAAUGUCAGAAGGAGUCACAGGGCAUUCUUGUUGCAGUUCUCUUCAUGGCCCUGGGCUGAGAGCUGUCAAGUCUCAGUGUGAUAGACAGACGUCCUGGACCCUUCUGCCUACCAGAAAGCCGUGUCUUUUCCGAGCUCGCGUUUUCCUUACCUCUGACCCCACUCCCAGGUGGGUUCUCUUGGUGGCUCACCUGGGGAAGCUUUGAGACCACUCCAGGCCUCUCCCCGUCGGGGAGAAUUACGAGAGCUUUCUAGAACUGUACCAAACAAUGAAUGUCCUUGUGCCACCUGGCUUCCUAUCCUGUUCGGGACACUUUUUGUGCUGUGCUUUUUAUCACCCAGCCGCUGACCAAUGCUGGGCGGCGCUGGCGACCCGACCACCGUACCUGCCCCCGGCACUCUCCCUCCCCCCGAGUGCCGGCCUUUUGACCAGGGUCGAUAGGCAACUCUGAAGCAGAGGUGGCCUGUCCCUCUGAAAGUUAGGAAAGCGUGGAAUUUCCCCGUGAGCUGCUUGUGUCUCCUGCGUGCACUCGCUGUAAUCACUCUGGGCGUAGUGAAAGGCCGUUUCUGUGAGGCAAGCUGGAUCUGGUCAGAGGGGCUUUUUGCUGAGGAGACGGGGCCCGCACAGACGGGCAAGGAAGGCUCAUUAGCCAGGGCCAGGAAAUGAGCAAGCGGCAUGGUGGGAGAGCCAAGAGAGAGCAGCAGAAUGCCUCAAUUCUUUCAGGAUUAAGGGAUAUUAAAAAACAAACCUCAAAAACACAUUGACUUGGGUUUAUGCAAAAAGAGGUCAGACCACAGAGGAUUGUUCAAGUUAAGUAUUUUUCCUCAUCUUCAGUUUGGGGGUUUUCCCCAGGUGAUUUUGACUGACUGUCUUGCACCUUCAUGAGCCAAAGGGUCAAAACGCUUCUGUGGAUAGUAGUAGUAGUAGUAGUAGUAGUAGCAUUUAUUAAGCGCUUAUUGUGUGCAGAGCACUGCGCUAAGUGCUGGAAAGGCUGAAAACCAUUGUAGAGAGAAAGAGAGAGAGAGGUGGUGUCCCAGUGAGUGGGUUCAGAGAGCAGAAACAGCAGCAAUUAAUAUAUUGAGUGCUUACUAUGUGCAAACCACUGCACUAAGCACCUGGGAGAGUACAAUAUAACAGAGUUGAUAGACAUGUCCCUUGCCCACAGUGAACUUAUAGAGGGGGAGACUGACAUUAAUAUAAAUAAAUUAUGGAUAUGUACAUAAGUGCUGUAGGGAUGGUAACAUUUUACUUGGCAAGGCAAAAGAACUUGCCUCCCUGAAGUCGAAUGAGGAACAGACGUAGACCAGGCUUGAAGUUCAGCGGCCCUUUUGGCCUUGGCCUGCGAAAGCAGGUUUGGCUUCUGGGUCCCAGCAGUUGGGACGUACCACGCUGGCCUCCAGCUCUUUCGCCGCUUGUGAGUCAAGCCCCAGGACGCAGUCAUGGAACAAAGACAAAAUGCAGUGCUUGGCUUUGAUAUCUAUUUUUGUUUCUUUUUAUUUGACUAUUUAAAUUUUACGGUUUAUUAAAAAAUGAAAUGAA